UGAAGAUGAUUCUUAUCAUCGAAUGUGGCUCUUCACCCUCGUUCUCGUCGUCUGCUUCACCAGAUCGCGCAUAUAUGCGGCCUAACCAGACAGUUUCUGCGUCACCUUUAGGACAGAAUGCUUUUGAACCAACACCAAUGAGAUCGGCUUCAACAUCAGGCGAUUUCCUCCUCAGCACUGCUAACAGCUCUCGGACAUCUACCAAAUGGGACAACGGGGUUUCGUAUGUCAGAGGAUUGGAAUCUCUGGUCAAUGAAGGCAAAGAUGACGUCGAGCGACUCAAUUUGUUGCAGAACCAAUCCUCUCGCGACCUAGCGGAUCUUCGCGCAAGGUUGGCGUCGACGACGCAAGACCUACAGGCAGCUAAAAGCGAGAUCAAUAUCCUACGAUCUGUGUCAGACGCCUCCAAAGAGGGCAUUACUGUCAAGGAUUGCGAGCUCCGAUCACUUCAGUCCGCUUUGUCGCAGGUUAAAGAGGAAUUAGCUUCGUCAGUCGCAGAGAAUGGUCGCCUGAAGGAAGACGUAUGGGGUGCGAAGACCGAGGCCGAGAACGUCAAACAGGUUCUGGAGAAAUCCAAACGAAGCGUCGCAUUCUUAUCUUCAGAGUACUCGAGUCUCGGGACGUGUUUGAAAGAGCUCAGGGAAGCUCGUGAUGUUGACCGACAACGGCUUAAGGAAAUAUCCAGCGAAGUGCAAGCUCUGAGGAAGACUGCCAACAACGCGAUGUCAGGCCUUGAACCCAUGCUGGACGAUAACGAUACCUUGACGCGCGCUGCUGAUACCAAAGCACUUUUGAAGCAAUUACAGGAGGAUCUGGCGGGGUGGCAUCAAGUUACGGAUAUGCUUCGCAACAAGCUCCUUCAUAACGCAUCUCAGCUUGCCGAUGCCCAAAAUCGGGUUCGCGAACUGGAAGAAGAAAAACGGGGUUGGCUACGCGAUCUCGUAUCCGCCCGUGAAGAUGAGAAGCGUCAAUUCGAGUUGUUUGCGGAAGUUGGGAAACGUAUGAGCGAACUGUCGCUGCGGUUGGCCACGCGCGAGAAGGAGACGAUCGACACUCUUGCGCACUCGGACUCUGUCAGAAAUGAGCUUGAAGCUGUAAAGAAUGAGCUCAGCUUUCAUCAGAGCAUCGUCAGCACCCAGGGCGAGGAGCUGAGCGUGCUGCGCUCUCUCAAAGAGCAGAAUGUUUCUAAGCUUCUGGAGGUUCAAGACGUAGUCAACUCGCGCGACAAGGAGAUCGUCAUGUUGAGAUCAGAAGUCAAGUCCCUGGCAGAAUCGAGGGAAGAGCUGCGCGCCUUGAUGGCUGAAGCAAAGAAGAGUCUUGCUGAAAAAGAGGUUGAGCUCAGGGCGAAGGAUCCGAAUGAAGAGUAUCAGAUCGAAAUCAGCAACUUGCGAAGUGAAAAUUUCGCAUUGAAGACCACAGUUCAAGAGACGCAGAUUGCCCUUAAAGCAGCGAAUAAGGCAUCCCAGAACUCUGAACAGGAUUUCAACAAAACGCUGCAUGAACUCGAGAAGCUGGUUGUCGAAUUGCGUUCAAAGAUUGGCAUGGUUCAAACAUCAUUUGAGAAGUCUCAAGACGAACUGCGAAUUGCCCAAUCCUACGCUUCGGUCGCCGAGGGGAAGGCCCAGGUUCUCCAGGACGACAUGCUCGUCGCGAAGAAAUAUUCCGAAAGGCUUGUAGCCGAGAUAGCCGAGUUGAGGGAGCGCCUCGAGGUCCAGAGCGUCAAUUUGUACCAAGCGAAGGAACAGGGCGCGAAAUUGAAGGAGCGUUUGGAUCGAUACAUUGAGCAAUUGGACGACAAAACGUCUCUGAACGAGGCUUUGGGGAAGCAAGCCGCGCUGGCCGAAAGCAACGCCGCCUCUGCUCAAGCUUUCCUUCAGCAAACGCUAAAGGAUCACAAGGGUAAAGUAGCGGACCUGACUGCAGAAUUGGCGGCUGUGAAAGAGGCUGCCCUUCUUGGCGCGAAGACGACAACGGCAGAGUUGGAACAGGAAGCGACCAAGCUCAGAGAGCAGCUCGCAAAGCUGGAACGGCUGAACUCGGAGCUCGUCGACCGAGCGGAGAACAUCAAGUCACGAUACAACGAUGCGGAUUUGGCGGAUACCGAGCGAGACUUCGUUCGCCAUCUUAUGAGUGAGGCACAGAGCAUGCACGAAGAAGAGAUGGUUCUGAAGGACAACGAGCUACGUGGUGGUCAGAACAUGAUAGAAGCCCUGAAGACCAAGGUGGCUGAGCUUCAAGGAACCCUCGCACGGCUUCUCAAGGAGAAGGGAGCCGCACCCGGGGCUUCGAAUAAGGCGAUGGUCGACUUCAAAGUGUUCAUGUCGUCCAGCCCCGAGAAUGCGGCGGCAGAGGAAGCUCCGUGCGCGUUGAAUGAGGAUCAAGAGAUGGCAAACGUACCAGGUGGCGUCCCGGCCACCCACCGUCAAGGUCCCAAUUCCUCUCGCUUUCAUGACAUGGACGCUGACGACGACUCUGAGGUCGAGGUCCCUCUCUCCGAGCUAAGCCGACUCCCAACCGAUGAACCAGAGCCUCUUCCCACAAAACGCGCUCGUUCCUCCUCACCACCGGCUGCCGAAGAGUUGACGCGCUCGAGGAGGCGAACCGAAUUUUCGAGCGUUGCUGAGAAGGUCGCUGUCCCUGCUAAAUCGUCGCUGUCGGUUCAGAAGAAGGGCGAGAGUGCGGCUGCGAAGCCGAAACAGAAGAAGCGCAAGGAAAAGAAAACCUACGGUGACGCCUGAC